AUGCGCUUCAGAAUGAACGUAUUUCAUUUGAAUAUCCCUUGGAUAAUUGAUGAAUCUGAGUACAACUGUAGUGGCCGUUCGCUAUCUGAAUGGAAAAGCAGAGGUUCAGUAAACGAAGCACAAGGAAUUUAUUUUACAGUGACGGGAACAAUCUUUGUGGUGCUUUAUGUGGCGUGUCUGAUUGGUAUGUUUCGAGGGAAACUACUGAAGACCCCAUGCUAUUGCUUAAUGUUUUUCAAUGGCUUCAUUGAUAUCAUGGAUAUCAUUGCAGGUUCAUUCAUCCCUGCAUAUUUUCAUUUUGUGAGUAUUUAA